AUGUAUACCAGUGAGGUGCUAGCAACCCCGGUAUACGCUGUUCCACGCAAGAUCCCCCGUCUCACGAUUUAUGAACAGCCCAGACCCUCUUCUAAUAAUCCUCACCUUAUUCCUCGCAGUGACUCAAUUGAGAUAAGGAGUCCCUCCAGGAAAGUUCCUGGGAGCGCCCAAGAGAGUCCUAUUCUCAAGGAGUCCCGCGGGCCCCGCUCCUUUAAUUCCUUUUCACCACUGACACUGAUGCCAACCCCGCGAAACUUUCGUAUUCGCCUUACGGGCAGCGCCGAGGCUUCCCCUGCUCAGGAAUUCCCUAGCCCCAACCACGCGGAACUUUCACUCCGUCUGACAGGCAGGCUUUCCACAGAUUCAGAAAGAAGUGCCUUACCUUUCCAGGGGACGUUGCGAGGAGCUUUAUGGGUCGAGAAUGAUGGCUCUCCCCGAGAAUUCCUCGGUGCCAGCUGGAGUUCGAUCAGUGCUCGAUCCCGUCCAGUCUCACUCGCAAGUAUUUCUAUGCUGCAGAACCAGCCUCAAAGGGACUAUGGAAUUACUUCUCCCAUUAUCUUGGCUUCUAAUGUUGAUAUAGAUUGCAUCCAUAAUCAGAAGCUAGUUGAACCAAGGAAGCCAUUUUGGAUAUUUGAAGAGGAGGAAGAACUGAAUCACCAUUUCCUUUACAAGCUGGUGGUUCUUGGUAAACUAAAUUACUUGGUCAAAGAAUGGAUUUCAGAAUUUAGUGAGAGCAAGAAUCUUCCCCCUUCAGUAGCAGCAAAUGUUGGUGGCAAAAUACUUAUAUUUGGUUCUUACAGUCUUGGAGUACACACUAAAGGUAGAACUUUCAUUGUCUGUGCUGACAUAGUUUCUGUUUGUGUUGCUCCUAGACAUGUAGAAAGAUCAGAUUUUUUUCAGUUGUUCUUUGAAAAACUAAAACAUCAGGAGGAAAAAAAAAAUUUACAGGCAGUUGAGGAUACGUGUGUAACAGUUGUCAAGUUUGAGUUUGAUGGUAUUGAGGUGGAUCUUAUGUUUGCCGGACCAUCUGUGCAAACUGUUUCUGAUAAUCUUAAUCUCAGAGAUAACUCACGUCUGAAAAGCCUGGAUAUGAGUUUUAUGUGGAGCUUGAAUGGCUACAGAGCUACUGAUGAAACACUGCAUCUAGAGCCAAAUGAGGAGAACUUCCAGCUCACAAUCCAUGCAGUUAAACUGUGGGCAAAAUGGCACAGUAUUUACUCCAACAUGCUGGGAUUUCUUGGUGGUGUUUCCUGGGCAGUGCUAGUAGCAAGAACAUGUCAACUCUAUCCAAGUACCAAGAAAGGCAAAUCCAAGAGGAGAACAUUAACUGCAUUCCCCAAAGGGGAGGUGCAAACUGAAGGAGGGCAACUCAUCGGCCCCUGUCAGAGUUUCAACACUUGA